GUACAAACGCCUUGCUGCCUCUUCUUUCGCGCAAUAUGGAUUUCGCAUCCAUGUGGGACAAGUAUCUUGUUCAACUUGUUCUGCGGCGGAACCCAGUUGCGCCGACCAAAGAUGGCCGCCAAAUACCAUUGUGUCUCAGCUCCGUUGAGCCAGACACUCUGGUGGAUGAAAGGCGUAGACGUCCUUACAUCUCGAAUGCGAUUAGAACGACAACGUAUACCAUCUGGGACUUUUUGCCACGUCAGCUAGUUUAUCAAUUCACCCGUUUGGCCAACAGCUAUCUCUUGAUUGUGGCUAUCCUGCAAGUCAUUCCUGGUCUCAGCACUACAGGCAGCUUCACCACUCUGAUCCCGCUGGUCAUCUUCGUCACCAUGAUCAUCACCAAGGAGGGCUAUUAUGACUGGAAGCGGCAUCGACAAGACGUGGCCGAAAAUAACCGCCUCGCGACAGUCCUGCGCAGCUCAACAUCUCAAGGCCACAGGGCCAAACUGCAAUGGGUUGCCACAAAAUGGCAAGACUUCAGAGUUGGAGAGGUCAUAAAGCUCUCCAGUGGCGAUGAAGUACCGGCUGAUAUUGUGCUAUUGCAUGCGACGGGCGACAGAGGGCUUGCAUUCGUGGAGACAAUGGCCUUGGAUGGCGAAACGAAUCUCAAAGCGAAGAGAACCCCAACCAACCUUGGUGACUGCGACACUAUCGACAAUAUAACACAACGCGACGUCAUGUUUAGCAUCGAGGAUCCGAACCCAGACCUAUAUCGAUUCGACAGCAAACUGACUUCGCAAAGCCGCACGCUGCCGCUGACUCUUAAUGAGGCCAUCUAUCGAGGAUCGGUAAUCCGCAAUACGCCUGAAGCCAUUGGCAUCGUUGUCAACACAGGCGAGGAAUGCAAGGUUCGCAUGAACUCCAAGGUCAAAGCCGAAAGCAAAAAGCCAAGGCUUGAGCAGAUGACGAACUUUAUCGUCGCCACGCUCAUCUUUUUCAUUAUCCUUCUUUCGAGCUUGGCCACGGUUGCAUAUAUAAUCUGGAAAGGUCAGUCUGAAAGCAGGGCAUGGUAUUUGUUCGACUCUACGGUUCCCAUGGUCCAGAUUUUCUUUGGAUUCGUCAUCAUGUUCAAUAAUGUCAUUCCUUUGUCCCUGUAUGUCGGCUUGGAGGGCAUCAAAAUCGGUCAGAUGACAAUGAUUUACAACGAUGUCCAACUGCACGACGAAAAGUCCGAUACUCCUGCGCGGGUCAAUACGACCAACAACUUAGAUGAUCUCGGACAGAUUGGUUACCUGUUCACAGAUAAAACCGGCACUCUUACUGAUAACAUUAUGAAUUUUCACAAACUGAGUGUUGCAGGGGCCAGCUGGUUGCAUAAAAACUGUCUCGCCCCAGGCAAGAACUCAUUGCAGGGCUUGAGCGGCGACGUUGGAGAAUUCACGACUCGAAAUCUGCUAGAGUAUGUACACUCGGAGACCCAUGGUCGUCUUGCAGCCAGUGUCAAACAAUUCCUCCUUGUUAUAGCACUCUGCCAUACCUGCCUCCCUGUUUCCGGCGAGAGCGGCGAGACUGAAUUCCAAGCGUCAUCGCCAGAUGAACUGGCACUUUUCAGCAGCAAGCGUAAGCGAAUGUCCAUCAUUUUGAGAUGCCCAAACGGGACAAAUUGGUUGGUUUGCAAGGGUGCUGACUCGGCCAUCCUCCCGCGGCUUCCAAUGGCUCCUCGCGAUAUGGUGAAUGACUUGGCAAAACAGUCUUACCCAUCCAGAGAGACCACCAAGCACUCACCCAUCAUUCGCGGUCAUUGGAGAUCCGCGCCGUCUGAUCAGUCCGAAAGUCCUGCAAAUGAUCAAGAUUCCGCAACCAGCAUACCCUUUGAAGAGGAUAUGAUCCCUUUGCGUGAUAACAUGAGACAAGCUGGCAAAUCUGAUGUAUGCGACAACCAAAACUUUCAUACCAUUAUUGGAACAACCGCCGCUACCGAAGAUGAGGAAACAAAUUGUAUCCGCCAGUCUUUUGGCCAUAUGAAUCGAUACGCUACCGAGGGACUACGCACACUCGUCUACGCAGGGCGGACAGUGUCAGAGCGCGAGUACCUUGCAUGGAAACGACUGUACCACAAAGCAGAAACAGAUCUCCAAAACCGCCGAGAGCGCAUGGAGGAGGUUGGCGAGAUGAUGGAGAAAUCUCUUCAUUUUCUUGGGAUAACAGCUGUAGAGGAUAAGCUCCAACAAGAGGUUCCAGAGACGAUCGAGAAACUUCGUCGGGCGCGGGUCAAGAUUUGGAUGUUGACGGGUGACAAGAGGGAAACAGCCAUCAGCAUCGCUCACUCGGCUCGGAUCUGCGGCCCUGACACGUCGCUAUACUUCUUGGACGUGGCAGCCGGAGAUCUCGAGUUUCAGUUAAACAGCAUUUCGGACUACAUCUUGUGUAGUGCAAAUCCCGCAUCACAUUCUGCUGUGGUUGUUGACGGCGCCACACUGACAGCGAUAGAAGAGGAUCCAGACAGCCGAGUGCGCCACCUCUUUUACCAACUUGCUCCUAAUAUUGGAUCUGUUAUCUGCUGCCGAGCAUCGCCUUCUCAGAAAGCACUUCUUGUGCGUGUUAUUGGCGAUGAUCCUCUGGCCAAAAUCAAGAGAGGCCGCUGGUCUUGCUUAUGGUCUUGGCGGAAGUCACACCGACCUCUUACCUUGGCCAUUGGCGAUGGUGCCAACGAUGUGCCCAUGAUCUUGACUGCCAGCGUGGGUGUGGGAAUAUCUGGUCGCGAGGGCCAGCAAGCUGCCCGAGUCGCUGAUUUCAGCAUAUCACAAUUCCGGUUUCUAGCUCGCCUUAUGCUUGUUCACGGCCGUUGGAACUACCAUCGCACCACGCGCUUUAUCCUGGUCACGUUCUGGAAGGAAGUCCUCUUUUACUUCCCCCAAGCCAUUUUUCAAGGUGAGGCUGGAUCGACCGGCACCAGUCUCUACCACUCGCAGGCCCUGAUGUUUACCAGCUACUUGACGGCGGCAGCCAUACUCGUCAUAGGCAUGUACGAGCAAGACUUGAAGGCAAACACGCUUCUGGCCAUUCCUCAACUGUACGCUUAUGGGCAGAACGGGGAAGGUCUGACAUCGCUUGUCUAUCUUGGUUGGAUGAGCAAUGCUCUGACUGCUGGUUUCAUCAUCUUCGCUGUAUGUUGGGCUGCCUAUAGUGGAGGCGUCCCAGCAGUCUACGACAAUGGGCUCUACGCUCAAGGUACCCUGGUUUUUGCAUGCUGUAUGAUCUGGACCAACUACAAAGUCUUGAUUCUUGAGAUGCAUCACAAGACAAAAAUAGCCCUGUGGUCUGCCUCUGUCAGUAUUCUGGCCGUGUGGCUGUAUAUAGUCAUUACAGGGCUCGUAGCUGGGUAUGAAUCGGGCCCAUACGCUAUUACAGGGGGUAUCAUUGAAGAGUAUGGGCGCGAUCCGUCAUGGUGGCUUGCGCUUCUGUACACCCUGGGCCUUCUGACUGCUGCCGAGUGGGCACACAAAUCUUUCAGGCAGAAUGCAAUGGUACGGGACUUUGUCGGACGUUGCUGCUCUUGGUUUGGGGUCGCUAGCGAUUCUAAAGAGGGUGUUCGUGAAGGCUUCAAAGCCUGGGAUACUCGCCUGUGGCAAGAGAUUGAGAAGGAUAAAGGUGUCAGGGCUCACUUCCGCAGUCUGGACAUGAUACGGAAAAGUCGUGCUUCGGGU